AUGAAGGGAAGGGAACUCCGGCGAUUGGUGCUUCACGUUUUAUUUGGCCAGGUUGUGGCCUUCUUAAACUCCGUCACCGGGGUGGCCACGACAAAGCUGGUAUCUCAUAAUGCCAGUUAUCCUUUGCUGCAGUUGUUGACGGCGUACGCCUUUAUCUUUGUCGUUUAUGCACCAUUUCUUCUUGUGCUGUAUUUUCGUAACCGACACCGGAAGUUUUCAAACUUUGGGUUUUUCUACCGGCCGUGGAGGUACGCUGUGCUGGCCAUUAUUGACUUGGAGGCGAACUUUGUCAUUGUGAAGGCCUACCAGUACACAGACAUAAUUUCGGUCCAGCUCUUGAGCUGCUUCAACAUCCCGUGUGUGCUCGUCUUGAGCAUCUUUGUCCUGAAGAUGCGUUUUGCACUCUCACACUUUCUUGGCUGUAUCAUUGCCACAGGUGGAUUAGUGGUCCUCAUUGUCUUGGACGCUGAUGGGGUUUCCCGAGAUACAGUGGGGCCUAACGUUGCGAAGGGUGACGUGCUUUGCUUGCUUGCCGCUGCCCUUUACGCAACAAGUAAUGUUCUCAUGGAGUGGUUUAUCAAACCACGCCCAUCACUUAUACAAAUUGAGAAUGCGCAGACCGCGGACGUCAAUCAAGAGGCAGCAGUGGCCAAUCCGUCCGUUGCCCCCAGCAUGUCAUCUUUUCGUGAGGUGCAAAUGACGGGGCAGCACAACAAAUCUUCGACGCCGCCAAGCAAUGUGCGUUCCAUGGAGUCAAACCGAGAAGAGCACCAGGGGCAGCUUUUGGAGGAGGAGGAGGAGGAGGAAUGCGUAGCGGAAGUUCCAAAGUACAUACCAUUUGUGGAAAAUCUUGGCUGCAUGUCCAGUUGUGCUCUUAUUUUUGCCGUAAUUCAGUUUUUUGCUGUGGAGUGGAGGUCAUUUGCACCGGCUCAAAACACAUGGACAAGUGAGGACUGGCUGUACCAAAUGAUGUUUGGUUUGUCGAUGCUCUUUGUAUACACUGGGCUACCGUUUUUAUUUUUGAUUGCAAGCGCGGCGUUUGCCAAUGUGUCGUUGCUAUCAGUGAGUGUGUACAGUAUCAUCUGGAAUGUGACCAUCUUUAAUGUUUACCCCACUCCCGUGUUCUUCGCAUCGUAUGUGAUUAUUAUCAUAGGCAUUGUUAUGUACGAUUUGUCCAAUGUUCGCUGGAGUUGGUGCCCUCGUAUAAAUUACCCUUGCGGUGACCCUCGCGAGGGCUUUGGUGUUCCGGUGGAUACGUUGAGCGCGCCUCCAGACUCCAGAGAAUGGGAUGAAGCACGUUAG